AUGAGAUACCUACAGUUUUCUAAAAACAUUCGAAGAAUCAAUCUUAGAUUCCACAUCGAACAGUUACUUCAACUUUCUGCGAGGAAAACCCUUGAAUUUAAAUCAACCACAAGGACCAGGUCAUAUAAUUCUAUGGUUAAGAAUGAUGAUUAUGAUAAAUUAGAUACUUCAUUAAAAAUUUCUGAUGCCAAUGAACAUGCCGUUAUUAGCACAUUUGAUCUAUUUAGUAUUGGUAUAGGGCCAUCCUCAAGUCAUACUGUCGGUCCAAUGCGAUCUGCAAAGAAAUUUAUUAAAGAACUAAAACAAAAUAAUGUUUUGCAUAAGGUUACAAGAGUUCGGAUUGAUCUAUAUGGGUCACUUGCCCUAACCGGUAAAGGUCACGGUACACCUAACGCAAUUUUAAUGGGAUUGGAAGGAGAGACUCCCGAAGGGAUUGAUACAACAAAGAUAUUACCACGGAUUGCACAAAUCUCCGAAACAGGUUCAAUUCAUGAUACUAAUGAUGGUAGUAGACCCAUUAAGUUUACUCCCGAAAAACACCUUAUAUUUCAUUAUCAUAAAUCUUUACCAAAACAUCCUAAUGGUAUGCGAUUAAUUGCCUUCGAUGAACAAGGGGAUUGUAUAGCAUCUGGUGAAUUCCUUUCAAUUGGAGGAGGAUUUGUGGUCGGUGAAACCGAAUUUCGUGAAAAUGGGAAAUAUAUUUCUCAGAAAUCCGGUGAAAAGGAUUUACAUCUUGCUAAACGGGAGCAUGUUAUAUUUCCAUUCAGCAACGCUGAAGAUCUUUUACGGAUUUGUAAACGUGAAAACCUGUCUAUCGCUCAAUUGGUUUACCGGAAUGAGUUGCGAUGGCGCAGCAAAGUAGAAAUAGAAAGCAAGGUAAUGGAAAUAUGGAAUACAAUGAAUCAAAGUAUUCAAAACGGAUGUUUAAGCACGGAGGAAUAUCUGCCGGGAUCUUUAAAAGUUCGCAGAAGAGCACCAGGAUUAUACAAUAAACUUUUAAAAGAUUUGUACCCUGAUAUCCCAUCAGGGUCCGCUGUAAUAAAAAAUUCCUUGUUACAACCUUUACCGUCGGCCGUUAAAAAUUCACCAAGCAUAAAUAUUUUAGAUAUAGUGUCGGUUUAUGCUAUUGCCGUAAACGAAGAAAAUGCGGCGGGUGGUAAAGUAGUUACGGCUCCCACGAACGGAGCAAGCGGAGUAAUUCCAUCUGUGCUUAAAUAUUACUUGGAAUUCGUAUCAGAGCAAAAUCCUGAAGAGGUUAUUAUGGAUUUUUUACUUACAAGUGCCGCUAUUGGUAUGCUUUACAAAAAAGGAGCUAGCAUUAGCGCAGCAGAGGGGUGUCAAGGAGAAAUCGGAGUCGAAAGGUUAUUUUAUGAAAAAGCCUGUAGCAUGGCAGCCGCAGCAUUUGCCGCAGUAAUGGGAGGAACGUUGGAACAAGUUGAGGAUGCCGCAGAAAUCGGCAUGGAGCACAAUCUCGGAUUAACUUGCGAUCCAAUCAAUGGUUUGGUACAAAUACCAUGUAUAGAACGAAACGCAUUAGGUGGGAUCAAAUCUUUAGGAGCUGCUCAGCUUGCGUUAAAAAACAGAGACUCGGUUGCAAAAGUUACCCUCGAUCAAGUAAUUGAAACGAUGCGUCAAACUGGAAUUGAUAUGCAAACAAAAUAUAAAGAAACAAGUUUGGGAGGGUUAGCCGUUAACGUACCCCUUUGUUAG